UGAUGAUAAUGAUGAUAAUAGCUAAUAGUGAUAAUAAUAAUGAUAAUGAUUAUAAUGAUGAUAGUUAUAAUGAUAAUAAUAAGAAGAAUUAGAGUAAGAAUAAGAAUAAGAAUAAGAAUAAGAACAAUGAUAAUAAUAAUAAUAAGAAGAAAAAGAGUAAGAGUAAGAUUAGAAAUAAGAAUAUGAAUGAGAAUAAGAAUGAUAAUGAUAAUAAUGAGGAUGAUGAUGAUGAAUGAUGAUUAUAAUGGUGAUAAUGAUAAUGAUAAUAAUGAUGAAAAUAAUAUUAAUUAUACUGAUGAUAAUAAUGAUGAUAAUGAUGUUAAUAUUGAUAAUGAUGAUAAUGAUUGUAGUAAUAAAGAUAGUAAUAAUGAUAAUGAUAAUAAUAAUGAUAAUAAAGUAAUGAUAAUAAUGAUAGUGAUGAUAAUGAUAAUAAUAGAAAAAAAAAGAUCAUGAAUAUAAUGUUAAUGAUGAGGAUAAUGGGUGAUGAUGAUGAUUAUGAUGGUGAUGGUGAUUAUAACAUUGAUAUCAAUGUUAAUGAAAAUAAUGAUAUGAAUAGUAAUAAUGGUAAUGAGCAUUUUCUGUAUAAAAUUUACACCUAUUUCAGAUUAGCCUGAUGAUGAAAGCCGGGGGUUUUAAACGUGAUGCAAAAUCCUGCUACAUGCGAUUUAAAGAGCUGUACACUGAAUACCAAGACGCUUUCAGGCACAACGAGCGCAGUAGCAUUCGAGAUCGUCAGAGGUCUUCCUUCUAUUACAAAAUACAUUCCCUGUUUGGGUGCAGAGACAAAGUUCUUUCAUAUUACUCUGAGGACACACAAGAAACAAGAAACACUGAUAUAGAUGAAGAAGAACUUAUUGAGGUACUGCUAGCUGGUAUGAAGGAGAUCAAGAAUCUGUCAUGCCACAGUGUUCCCCGUGUUCCCCUCUUGCAGGCCUUGGCUCAGUAUGUGGACAUCAACUGCCAUUCUUCUGGUCUAGGAUUGAGUAUACAUGAGAUAUGGAAAUAUUUGGUACAGGUCCAUGACGCUCAGAUGGAGAGCAUCCAGCAGGGAGUUGAGGGGCCACUUGGAAUGGACUUAGAUGGGCUCUGGCUUGACAACCCUAAUCCAGUUGUGGCUUUUGGGGUCCAGUGUGUUCCUUAUCCUAAGUGGGAAAUAGUCAGUGAAUGGUCCCUAGAAGAACUAGAGAUAUUAGUGGAUGCCAUUGUCAGAUGGGAAGGAACAUCAUCAGACAGUAUACAAACAGAGGAAUCUUUAGCUGAAGAUAUUGCUCAACAACUGCAGGCUCAUGGCUAUGAUAAAUCCUCUGACCAGUGUAAAGAACAGUGGCAGUACAUGGUAAAAACAUACUGUCAUGGAGGCUAUCAGAAUUUCAAGAGCCAGAUUAACCUUGUGUACCUGUAUCAGCCAUCCGUAAUAAAAUCUGCCAUAUUUGAUCCAGAAAAUGGCUUGAAAAGUCAAAAUCACCAAUGUAUUUCGAAAGAUGAGAAAGUGCUAGAUUUUUCAGGUCCAAGGGAUACCAUCUUAACAAAACCCACUAAGAUUCAGCCAGAAAAUAGUUCACUUGAUGUUGACUUAGCAUCUCAAGGACAGAAGGAAAAUAAUACAGAAAAGGUUACGGAUAAAAUCAUGAACAGUAGUAUGAAUAUAAGCAAUGGGUAUGAAUGCCUUGAUUUUGUGUGUGAUACUACAGAAUCCUCAGAAACACAGUUAAGUAAUAAUAAUAAAAUCUGUGUAGAGAGUAACAUAAUAAGAAUAAUGUUGAACAUGCAAAAAGAGCAAAUGGAAAGCACCUCUUCACCAAAGAAACAGGAAAAUAAAUAUCCAAAUGAUGUAGAUUGUGAAAAAUUAAAAGAAUCUAACAAUGAUGAGAGUGAAGUUUGCAAGACUCUAAGGGUAAAAGCCAAAGUUCUUAGCAUUAGUGAAUUUCCUGAAUCUAAGAUAAUCAUGUGUCAGGUUCAGAAAAGUGGGACAACACCAGGUUUUAAGAAAUAA